AGACACGGGCUGGCUUUAGGAUUUUCGUGGAAAACAAUUCAAUUGCCUAUUCAAUAAAAAAUUCACAGCAUCUGGAAUCCAUCUGGUCGUGUGGCCAAACAACACAAGGAAGAGAAGACGCCAGCACAGCCCAGCACAGCCAGACAACACAAGAAAAAUCCCUCCUCUCCUCCUCGUCGUCUUCGCCGGCGGCGAGUAGAGCACGCACCACAUUCUUACAAUGGCGGCGCCCCUCGAGUCCGCUUGGCAGUACCUGAUGGGCAACUUCAGCGAGUUCCAGCUCGCCACCGUUAUCACCUUCCUCCUCCAUGAGACCGUCUUCUUCCUCUCCGGCCUCCCAUCCCUCUUCUUCGAGCGCUUCGGUCUCUUCGCCAAGUACAAGAUCCAGAAGAAGAGCAACACCUCUGCUUAUCAAAACAGAUGUGUCCUGCGUCUUAUUCUCUACCAUGUCUGUGUGAACUUGCCUGUCAUGAUUUUCUCCUAUCCCGCCUUCAAAUUCAUGGGCCUUAGGAGUUCUCUUCCUCUGCCGCACUGGACGGUUGUUGUAUCUCAAGUUCUUUUCUACUUUGUACUCGAGGAUUUUAUUUUCUACUGGGGGCACAGGGCACUGCAUACCAAAUGGCUAUACAAGCAUGUUCACAGCGUCCACCACGAAUAUGCUACUCCCUUUGGGUUGACUUCUGAGUAUGCUCACCCUGCUGAAAUUUUGUUCCUGGGGUUUGCCACAAUUGUUGGUCCUGCUCUUACUGGUCCUCAUUUGUUCACCCUGUGGUUAUGGAUGGUUCUGAGGGUAUUGGAGACAGUUGAAGCACACAGUGGCUACCACUUCCCGUGGAGCCCAUCGAAUUUCCUGCCAUUGUAUGGCGGCUCGGACUUCCAUGACUACCAUCACCGUGUGCUCUACACCAAAUCAGGGAACUACGCCUCUACUUUUGUUUACAUGGACUGGUUGUUUGGGACGGACAAGGAUUACCGCAAGGCAAAGGCCAUCGAGGAGAAAGAGGGGAAGACUUUGUAAAUUGUGGGAGCUGCUCUCGUAGUUGAGACAUGAAAAUUGAUGUGUUGUUCUGGUGAUGAUAGCAUUGCGUUCAUGGCAUGAGAGAACCGUCCAUCUUGGCACAGAUGUCACCGGAGAAAAGAUCGAUACUAGAGGUUGAGAUUUCCAUUUCCCAUGUUUUCUAUGAUCAUGAGAUCGAUCCCGGCCACCUUGAUAUGAUUUGUCCUGAAUUAAAUUUGAUGUGCCCUGUAGGGUAUUUUGUGUUUGUUUGGACGGGAUGUAUACAUAACAUGGCAAUGUAAUAUCUAUCUGAACCAGUAGAUUUUCAA